AUGGGGAAGACUGGACAGAGCACAGUGGACUUAAACUCCCCAACAGAGGUCAAACAAGCAGUUCCCUUUGAGGAACUGGAUCCUGUGGCGCCCCCUGCAGGCGAAAAGAAGAAAACAGAAGAGCCGCCCGACAGGGGAAGCUGGAAGGGAAAGUUUGAUUUCCUGCUGUCGUGUGUGGGAUAUGCCAUUGGCCUGGGAAACGUCUGGAGGUUCCCUUAUCUGUGCGGCAAGAAUGGUGGAGGGGCCUUUCUGAUCCCGUACUUUAUGACUCUGGUGUUUGCUGGGAUCCCUCUCUUCCUCCUGGAGACAUCUCUGGGACAGUUCACCUCAGUGGGAGGGCUGGGGGUGUGGAAGCUCAUACCUAUGAUGAAAGGUGUUGGUAUCGCUGCAGUGGUCCUGUCCUUCUGGCUCAACAUCUACUAUAUUAUCAUCAUUGCGUGGGCUCUCUACUACUUAUUCAACUCCUUUGGUUCGGAGCUGCCUUGGCAGAGCUGUGAUAACCCCUGGAACACAGAGAAAUGUUUCUCCAACUACAGCCUGACGGACACCACCAACCUGACGAGCGCCGUCACCGAGUUCUGGGAGCGGAACAUGCACCAGCUGUCUAGUGGUCUGGAGGAGCCAGGAGAGCUUCGCUGGCCCUUGGUGGGCACUCUGGCGCUGGCCUGGGUCCUUGUCUAUUUCUCCAUCUGGAAAGGAGUGGAGUGGACCGGGAAGGUGGUGUAUUUCUCAGCCACCUAUCCCUACUUCAUGCUGUUCAUCCUGUUCUUCCGUGGGGUCACUCUGCCCGGAGCCAUAGAUGGGAUCCGCUUCUACAUUACUCCAGACUUUAACAAGCUCAUCCGCUCCGAGGUGUGGCUGGACGCAGCGACUCAGAUCUUCUUUUCCUACGGACUCGGCCUGGGCUCGCUCAUCGCACUGGGCAGCUACAACACUUACCACAAUGAUGUUUACAAGGACUCCAUCAUCGUGUGCUGCAUCAACUCCUGCACCAGCAUGUUCGCUGGCUUCGUAAUUUUCUCCAUCGUAGGCUUCAUGUCCUACAUCACGAAGAAGCCUGUCCAGGAAUUGGCAGCAUCAGGUCCAGGUCUGGCGUUUUUAGCUUAUCCUCAGGCUGUCACCCAGCUGCCUAUGUCCUCUCUGUGGGCCAUCCUCUUCUUCUCCAUGCUCAUGAUGCUGGGCCUGGACAGUCAGUUCUGCACAGUGGAAGGCUUCAUCACAGCUCUGAUGGAUGAAUAUCCCCUGCUGCUGAGGAAGAGGAAGAAGGUGUUCAUCCUCAUCGUCUGCUUCGUCUCCUUCAUCAUCGGCUUCUCCAACAUCACACAGGGUGGUCUGUACGUGUUCAAGCUGUUUGAUUACUACUCCGCCAGCGGGAUGUGCCUCCUCUUCCUCGUCUUCUUCGAAACCAUUUCCAUAUCCUGGCUUUACGGAGCUGAAAGGUUUUAUAAGAACAUUGAGGACAUGAUCGGCUAUCGGCCUUGCGGCUGGUGGAAGCUCUGCUGGAUGUUCUUCACUCCACUGAUCUGCCUGGGGGUGUUUACCUUCAGUGCCAUUGAGAUGACCCCUCUGACCUUGGGGAAGUAUGUGUACCCACUGUGGGGUCAAGUGAUUGGCUGGUUCAUGGCGUUGUCUUCCAUGGUGCUAAUCCCGGGCUACGUCAUCUACAUGUUCUGCACCUCUAAGGGCAGCAUCAAACAGCGUUGGCGGAAGAUGACAACCGCCCGGGAGGAUGAAAAGCCAUCGGGGCAUGAAGAAUUUACACACACAGGCAGCGUGGGCGAAGCUCCUGUCUAGCCAGGGUUGUUCAGGUCGAAAUAAUCUUGCUGCCAUUUCCCCCCGUCUGCCUUGACUUACUGCGGUCCACACUGAAACGUGACUACUGGA